AACUGAACUCCUCAUUUAUACUUGAACAUCGCUCGAAGAAGUUGGAAAACUGCAACAAACAGCGGAAACUGCUUUCUUCUUCCCCAAAUCAAUCAAAGCACAAUCCCUGGUUUUCCUCCGCCAUGUCGGCGUUGCCAUCUCCGGCGGGGGCCGGUAAUUUUCGCGGCAAUGAUGGGUUCGGAAGCGAGUUCAACACUUACAGGUACAACAGCAGCACAAGCGAGAUAGAGGAAGAGGAUUCAGCUCAGACGUUUGAAAUUAAAAGGAAAACGGUAUCGGCGGCGGCGGCGGCUGCAGGGGCAGGGUUGGAGAGCAUUAGGGAAGAUUACAGCCGUGGGUGUUCGUUCUCGUCGGAUGCCCUGAAAUGGGAGGAUUGUGUUUAUGUUGGAGUGGGGAAAAGCGAUUCUAGUAAUGAAGCGCUUCAGUGGGCUCUCAAGAACGCCAUUACAAGCUCUACCACUGUUGUCUAUCUCUUACAUGUUUUCCCUGAGACACGUUACAUUCCCAGCCCAUUGGGAAAGAUUCCAAUUAAUCAGGUGAGUAAACAACAAGUGGCUAUCCAUGUAGCUCAAGAAGAAAGCAAAAGGAAGGAUUUUCUUCAGAAUUUCAUUGAUUCAUGUUCACUGGCUAAGGUACACAAAAGAAAAGCAUGCCCCCUUUUUGCUAAUCUAAUGAAUAUGUGCCUUAUCUUCUUAACGGAACAGGUUAAGGCAGACACUGUGCUGAUUGAGAGUGACAUGGUAGCAAGGGCUAUUUUGGAUGUUAUACCAAUUCUCAACAUAAGGAAGCUAGUCCUUGGAGCCAACAAAUCCAGGUACAUUUGCAAAAACUCAUCCAUUACGUUAGGAAUCACGAACCUCUACACUAUGUAUGAUAUUAUCCAAUUUGAAACUAUCAGGAAGUUGAGAUCUCGAGGGGGAAGUGGAAUAGCUAACGAGAUACUUCAGAAAGCUCCAGAAUUUUGUGAGGUUAAGGUUGUUUGUGAAGGGAAAGAAACAAGCCAACUGGGUGGAUUGCCCUCUCCUAUCUCUUCGCCUCGCUACCAAGAUGAUAGCUCCAAGGAUAAUGAUCCUAAUUCCACCAUUACUGUAGCUGAAGAACAACGAAACAGUUCAGUUUCUUGCAUGUGUUUUAAAACUAAGUUUGUAUGAGGAACAUGAACAUCGAUUACCUUAGCAGCUUUCUUGUCUUGUCCCUAAAGGAUCAAAGUUUGUAUUUUGAUUUUUGUGUAAAUGAACUUUUAUGGGAAGAGUCAAAAUAAUCCAUUCAUUA